UCACAAAAUCAUGGGAAGGGUGAAGGCUCAUUAAUCCAUCACUCAUAAUGGUUGUUCUGUCUGAACUUUCUGAAGGAUCUUCAUCUUCUUCAUCAACUCAUGGUCGUGGAUAUGAUGUAUUUUUAAGUUUCAGAGGUGUUGACACUCGUCAUAGUUUCACUAAUCACCUUUAUAUUGCCCUCAUGCAUGCCAAUAUAACUACAUUCUUGGAUAAUGAAGAGAUUGAAACAGGGGAAAAUCUGAAACCAGAAUUGAAGAGUGCUAUUAAAUCAUCUAGGGCUUCUGUUAUCGUGUUGUCCAAAAAUUAUGCCUCUUCAAGGUGGUGCCUUGAUGAAUUGGUGCUUAUCCUUGAGCAACGUAUGUCAUCAAACCAUAUUGUUUUCCCGAUUUUUUAUCAUGUUGAGCCCACCGAUGUUAGGAAGCAACAAAGUAGCUUUGGAGAUGCAAUGGCUAAGCAUAGACGGAUGAUGGAAGCAGAGACAGAUGCGAAUAGAAGAAGUAAAUGGGCUCAAAAGAUAGAGUUGUGGGAUAAAGCGCUUAGAGAGGUUGCCGGUUUAAAAGGGAAGGAUGCAAAUGGCAGGCUGGAGGUGGAGCUUAUUGAUGAAAUUCUUAACGACAUUUUCCGUAGAUUACACAUAUCUUCAAGGUUUCCACCACCCCAACUUAUUGGGAUGGAGAAUUCCAUUAAAUUCGUCACUUCGUGGUUGAAAGAUGUAUCAUCAAAUACAACAGAUAUACUAACUAUUUUGGGUAUGGGUGGGAUCGGGAAGACGUCUUUAGCCAAAUAUGUCUAUGCAUUACAUUUUCUUGAAUUUGACACAAGCAGUUUCAUUGAGGAUAUCACCAGGAGAUGUGAUAAAAAAUCCAAUGGGAUGCUUGAUGUACAAAAGCAACUCUAUGAUGACAUUUCAAAACGAAGUUCAGUUCAAGGCCAUGCUCAUGACGAUUCUAUAUACACCUCAAUGAUAGAGAAUGUAGUAGCCUGUAAAAAGGUGUUUCUGGUUCUUGAUGAUAUUGGUAGUCUCGACCAGUUAGAUGCAUUACUUGGAAGAAAAGGUUUUCAUCCGGGAAGCAAAAUAAUAAUAACAACAAAGGAUACAUGGUUGACCAAGAGUUGUGCACUGUUCAAAAUGAAUGUGAAACCCAAACAUGAAACGCACAAGAUUAAGGGCUUAUCUGAGAUUGAUUCACAUAAAAUUUUGUGUUUUCACGCAUUUAUGUGCAACGAUCCCAAGGCAGGUUAUGAAGAGGUGUCAAAAAAGCUAGUGGAGUAUUGUGAGGGACAUCCAAUGGCGCUUAAAGUUUUGGCUAGGUCUCUACAUAAUCGAGAUGUAACUUAUUGGGAGGGGUAUAUAGAUAGACUAAAGAAAGAGAAUAAUUCCCCUAUAAAUAAUGUCUUAAGAAUGAGCUUUGAUUCUUUGCCAUCAGAAAAUGAUAAGGAGUUGUUUAAGCACAUUGCUUGUAUUUUUGUUGGAAUGGAUAAAGAUUUUACUGUAACAAUAUUAGAGGCAUGUGAUAUAGAGACAAGAUCCGGGAUCACGAAUCUUAUUGACAGAUGCCUUCUUAGUUUCAAAUGGAAUAAAGAAUCAAAGAAUAUCGAAUUGGUGAUGCACCAGUUGGUUCAAGAGAUGGGAAAAUUUGUGGUACGUAAAGAAUCACUUGACAAGCCAUGGGAACGAAGUCGAUUAUGGGGUUAUGAAUCUUUUAAAGCAUUGAAGCAAAAAAAGGGUACAGAAAAUGUGCUAGGCCUCACCAUUGACAUGCAAAUGCUUGAGAAAGAGAAAUUACAUGGAUCACUUGAGUUAAAAACAGAUGCAUUGAGUAAAAUGGAUAGGCUAAUGCUGCUACAACUCAAUUAUGUGCAAAUCACCGGCUCUUACAAUGAAUUUCCAGAAGAAUUAAGAUGGUUGUGUAUGCAUGGGUUCCCUUUGAAGUCUAUACCUCCAGACUUACCGAUGGAGAAUCUGGUUGCUCUUGACCUGUCUUAUAGCAAUAUUGAAUCAUUUGGGAUUUGCUAUAACUAUCCAAAAGGACUUCCUAAGAGACUAAAGCAAUUGACUGGAUCAUGCUCAGAAGAAAAAAGGUCGCUUCGAUCGUUGAAGAUUCUUAAUUUAAGUUUCUGUGAACAACUUCAUAGUCUUGGUGGCUUUGACCACCUCCCUAAACUUGAGAGGUUGAUACUUAGAGGUUGCAUUGGUUUGCUUGAGGUUUGUGAAUCAAUUAAGCAAUGUGUUGAACUUUUCUUCAUCGAUAUGAGUUGCAUCAAGCUUGAAAAACUUUCAAGAAUUAUAUGCAUGUUAAAGAAAGUUGAAAUCCUAUUGUUAAACGGCUGUUAUCUCGGUGAAUCUCGAAUCAAGAUUAGGGAUAUGGAUUCAAUGGAAAAGAUCAAGGCUAACAACAUUGGCAGAAACACAAGAACGUCGUCAUCCGCUGUUCUGAAGGCUAUAUCAGCUGAUUUGAAGUUCUUAACGAUUCCUUUACCGAGAUCUUUAGUAAAGUUGUCACUUGCAAAUAAUAAUUUAUCUACCGAAUCCUUUCCCAUGGACUUCGGUUGGCUAUUCAUGUUAAAUGAAUUACAUUUAGAUGGAAAUCCUAUCGUUUCCCUGCCUAAUUGUAUUAGGAGCCUUCCUAGGCUUGGGCUACUGAGUAUGAGAAAUUGUAAUAUGUUGAUGUCAGUCGAGGAUCCUCCACAUACACUAAGAGUUUUGGACCUCCAUUUUGAUUCUGAAAAACAUUUGCUACGAAAAGUGGUAUUUGAUCCACAAAUGUCUCCACUAGGGUUCAUAUUAGACUGGAACAUGUUAGCAACUUCGUCGUUUGAAUUUCAAGGCUUGAUCAAAAUCCAACCAAUGGAAGGUGUUGAGGAAAAGGUAAUACGUAGUUUGGGCUGGACGAAGCUAGAUUUCCUUAUUGGAAGGCGUGUGGGAACCUAUCUUGUGAAUCAAAGAGAGAAAUCUGAAAUCCAGAUGUAUUAUGAGUUUGGAAUAUUCAGCACAAUUUAUGAAGGUGAAAAAAUGCCAAAUUGGAUUUCAGAUAGAAGCACGGGCUCAUCAAUGUCAUUUACCAUCCCAUCAUCUCCGAACAAGCUUAGAGGAUUGAAUUUCUGCUAUGUGCUGACAUCUCAAUAUCUGGGUUAUAAAACUUUUAAUUUGCCGGUGAUCAUAAUUAGUAAUAUUACAAAGAACCACACCUGGAAAUACAAACAUUACAUUCUCAAUGUCGAUGUUGUUGGAAAGUGUUUGACCUUGUUAAGCCAUUGGAUGUUUGGGGUGAAUGAUAUGGAAUGUGGUGAUCAAAUUAUUAUUACCUUGAGACCAGAACCAUUUCAUGUUGAGUGUGGGGUGAGUUUUGUUUAUGAUGAUGGAACAGAAGAUGCAUUAAGUUAUUACAAGUCAUGGAAUCACAUUAUUGGUGGAGAUUUGACCAUAUUUCAGUUAACAACAGGAGAGUACAUCCUAACCAUAUGGCGAUUUCUGCUGUUUGAAAAUCAAAUACGUGAACAUUCAUAUGGGUCUUUGUUUGGAGAUGGUGUCCACUUUAAAGAUGACCAAAUACAAGUACACUUCAGAGCUCUCUCCCAAUGGAAGCCUGGCCUACUUGAGGAUGGCCCCUAAGUUAAAUCAAACUGCUUCAAGACCUUUUGUUCAUAUGAGAGAAAGGCCCACCAAUAGCAUCAGCCCCCCAUAUUGG